AUGUCUGGUCCUUUGACCGUAAUUGAUAUGCCGACUAUUAGAGUGACCUUUACAGGGGAGAAGGUCUUAAGGACUUUCUUGGUGGUGUUUGCACACUUGCUCUUCAUUUACAUUAAUAUUGUGAUGCUGUUCACCUUGCGCACCAAAGCAAUCUUCUGUGAGACGCCACGUUACAUUCUGUUUACCCACAUGCUCCUGAUUGACACCAUUCAAUUGUUGAUUGGCAUGCUGCUCUACAUGCUCAGUUCCUUCUACAUUAUGAUGGUGCGUGCUGCUUGUGCCUGCAUUGUGAUUCUGUCUACAUCAACAUUUGUAAAUGCACCGCUGAACCUGGCUGUCAUGUCCCUGGAGAGGUACACGGCCAUCUGUUUUCCACUGCGGCACAGCGAGUUGGCUACGCCGGUGCGAGUGUACGUGGCUAUGGCUAUGGUGUGGGUUUUGGGCCUCACUGAUGUUCUAAUUGAUGUGUUUGCUUUCUUCCUCCUCGCAGAGCCAUCAUUUUACUUGUCUCCUACACUGUGUGCCACUGCACAGGUCAUGGUGGCUCCCUGGCAGCAGGGCAGGAGUGUGGCAUUCAAAGUUCUGCUGUUCAUCAUAGUGGCUAUUGUGUUGCUCUACACAUAUGUGGCCAUCCUGCAGCAGGCCCGUAAAGCCUCCUCUAACACCUCUUCUGCCCAGAAGGCCUUGCGCACUGUGAUAUUUCACUCAUUGCAGCUUGGCCUCUCACUCAUGUCGUUUCUCUAUGAAUAUAUAGAGUCGAUGAUUUUAAGCCUGCCACCUGCCAUAUACAUACAUGUGCGCUUCUUUACCUACUUCAUAGUGGUGGUCCUGUCACGCUGCCUCAGCUCACUCAUCUAUGGUCUGAGGGAUGACACCUUCAGGCCAUUGUUCAAACAGAAUUUCAUGUUCUGUGGCACAAAGAAAGUUGUGCCUUUAGUGACUUUUACAAAACACUAA